CACACACAAUUCGGUCAGCCAGUCAACACUCAAAGACAAGGCAACUAUGCCUCAGCCUCGCCAUGGCACAUACACCACGUGGCAAUUCCUGGCACCCAUCCAGAACAAUUCUGCUGCUUCCCCACCGAUCAAAUCCUUCGCCAACCUCCACCUCCUGCACCUCCUUCAGUCAAUCAAUAACGCCUUUUCCGGCACCACAAUGGGUACUCCGUCUUCAACGAACCGCGACUCUUCCAACGCCACUACAUCCGAGAGCGGCGGGGUUGAGUCCGAACGCCGCAAUCGAAUUCUCUCGAGCAAACUCUACUUCGAUGUGCAUGCUUCUAAGGUUCCACUAAUUUAUUCAUCGUCGUAUGAUAUCGCCUUUCUCGGCAUUGAAAAGAUGCAUCCUUUUGAUUCUUCUAAAUGGGGUCGCAUCUGCCGCUUUCUAAUUGCUGAGGGUCUUCUGGACAAAAAGCACAUAGUUGAACCUCUUGAGGCUAAAAAGGAAGACCUCCUAGUGGUGCAUUCAGAAUCGUACUUGGACAGUCUUAAAAGCAGCUCCAUUGUCUCCACAAUAGUUGAGGUUCCUCCUGUAGCAGUAUUGCCAAACUGUCUGGUGGAUAAGCAUGUUCUUUACCCAUUCCGCAAACAGGUUGGGGGAACCAUUUUGGCUGCUAAGCUUGCAAAAGAACAGGGGUGGGCUAUCAAUGUCGGUGGUGGAUUUCAUCAUUGUUCAGCAGAAAAAGGCGGCGGAUUUUGUGCUUAUGCUGACAUCACUCUCUGCAUUUACUUUGCUUUUGUCCGUUUAAAUAUUUCACGGGUGAUGAUAAUAGACCUAGAUGCGCACCAAGGAAAUGGCCAUGAAAAGGAUUUUUCUGAUGACAGAAGAGUCUACAUUCUUGAUAUGUACAAUCCAGAUAUAUAUCCAUUUGAUUAUGAGGCCAGGAGAUACAUCAAUCAGAAAGUUGAAGUGGCAAGUGGAACAACAACAAGUGAAUAUUUAUCAAGACUUGAUGGAGCACUCAAGGUUGCUGCUGGUGCAUUUGACCCUGAAUUGAUCAUCUACAAUGCUGGAACUGAUGUUCUGGAUGGAGAUCCUUUGGGUAGGUUGAAGAUCAGUCCCAAUGGAAUUGCCGCGAGAGAUGAAAAGGUUUUCAUGUUUGCUCGCGAGAGGGAUAUUCCUCUUGUCAUGCUUACAUCAGGUGGUUACAUGAAGUCCAGUGCUAAAGUAAUAGCAGAUUCGAUCACAAAUUUGGCAAAGAAAUCUUUGAUAAGCAUGGAGAGUGUACAAGAUAUAACAAUCACAUGAAGAUCUAUUCAGACUCCAUGGAGAACUUGAAAAGCAAUGCCGGUCAGGUCUAGUCAUAGUACACUCUUAACAACAAUUAGAGAGAGAGAAAAUCUGCGAGUAACUUCGUGCUCGGAUGGUAUGGCACUGGAUAUUACAUACUAAAGCAGCAAAGCUUGCGGCCCUUGGAGGAUGGUGACUUGUACGUAAGAAUAUGAAGUAUCCUAUACUCGUGUAUUGAUGAGAGUGACUGACUUGAGGUUCUGAUCCAUGACUUUCUACUUGGUUUCAUAAAAUCAAGCUGAAAAAUUCGUAUUUAGUAUGUACAUAUGAAUGACGAAAAUGGUAGCUGAUACCCACUAAAUCAUAUUUUAGGGGUCGUUUUAUGCAAUCUCCAACAUUAUUAAGUGGAACAUUUAUUGGAGUUUUAUCAUCUGUACCAUAUCUUCAUGUUUUGUCUA